UUAUAUUUUGUUUUUGUUUUUCCCUCGUUCUUUCAAAACCCCCUCCUUCGUUUCCCCUUUCUCCAAUCAAAAUACACGAGCCAAAACAUCCUCACCCACUUCUUAUUUUGUUUCAACUCCCUAACCCUAACCGCCUCAUUGCUCUCACUUCAAUGCCCUUGUAAGAUCAUCCCUUUGCGUGUGCAGGAUUUCUCCGGUAAAUGCUAGAGGAAAGGUGUCGAUUGCAUCGGUGGGAACAUCGGUUUUUUCUUUGAAUCAAAUGACGGAAUACGUGGCUUCGUCGUCAUGCUUCAAGCUACAUUUGCACCCAAGUUUUCUCAUGCAGAGAGGAUUUUUGAAUCGGAAUUCCAAUUUCAGGACGCCGCCGAGCAGGUUUUACCAUGGGAGUUGUAAAGUGUUAUGGCUUUCAAACUGGAGAAAAAGGAAGGUUUAUAAUCCAUUUUUACCAAAUUUGAAAGUGAGUCCCUGCUUCGUGGAAACUCCCGUGAGAUCUACUUGCUUGUGGUCUUUAGUGGACUUUGAUGGUAUAACAGCCUCUGAAUUGGUAACUGUUGGUGAUCAAUUACUGCUGAUGACUGGUAUACUUCUUACAUAUAUGGCUGGAGUAAUUCCUGUUCAAAAGUCCGGUUCCACAUAUCAAAAGAACAUAGCUGACAGUGAUGCCUUUCCCCAUGGUUCAACCUCUUCUGGUAGUUCCAAGACAAACAGUAACCAAGAAAAUUUGAGGCCUGCCUGGGAUAUUGUAAGAGGAAAACUUUUGGAUUCUCUAGACAUUAUUGAACAUGAGAAUAGUUUCAAAAAUGCCGUCCUUGACGAGAAACAAUGUGCAAAGCGACCCUUAAGCUUAUAUGCUUUAUCUGAAGGUUCGAAGAUAAGAUUGCUUUGGACUUCUCUUCAGCAACUUGAGGAAGAGGUGAAAAAGAAUGCUGGGACUUCUGAUACCGUAAAUAUGGAUGAUUGGUUGAUAGCCUUUUCCAGAAUGAUUCAAAAUUCCUGUAAGCCCAUAUCCUUUGCUUGGAUAAAAAAGGAACUUGGGCUUGAAACCAAUAAUAUGGAACUUGUUUCUCUGAUUACUGAGAAGUUAAAUGGAGACAACACAGUUUUACAAAAUAUUGCAAAGUCGGGGAAGAAAAAUCUGUAUGCAGAAUUGUUGUACUUUCUUAGAUUUGGUUCUCUAAGGAAAGGAUGUUGUUAUGACCAAAGCUUGUUUACUUUAUAUGGGGAUUCCAUAUUGGAAGAUCUGGUGAUUACUUUAGCAGAUGGGAUAGCGAGCACUUAUUUGGAGCUUAUUUCUGUUGAUGGCAAUUUGUCCGAUGAAGUGAAUGAUCUGGGUUUAGCCAUCUGUAGCUUAUCUACUCGUGCACUCCAAAAGUUACGUAAUGAGGUAGCUUUAAACCAGUGGUUGUAUCAAAAUCUGGAGGCUAUUGUAUCAAUGUAUGAGGAUCGCUUUGACCUCUACACACUUAAGAGCCAACUCAUUGAGGAAAAAAGUAGUGAUUCUGCUGAAACAUAUAGUUGGUGGAAGAAGCUUAUGUUAAGAAAAUAUGAAAGUGCACCUACUUCAUUGCAGUAUGUUGUGAUAAGUCAUUUCUCAAUGUCUGUAAAACGCACCAAGGAAUUAAGAGCCCUGACAGGGUGGAGGUACUAUUUCAGUCUGUUCCUUGAGUUCUCUGACAUUAGCCUGCCCAUGGUUAGAGUAGUCAUCGACAAAGUUAGCAAUGCCAUCUCAUUUUUUCUAGUCUGCUUGAUUGGGAGGUCAUUGGGACUCAUCUAUACAGGAAUUAGGCAGUCCCUCAAAUGGAAAUGAGAUGUAAAUGAUACCUUAUCUUUUUGUUGAUUACAAAUUUCUUUUAUAUUCAUUUUUGCAUGUUGUAGCAGUCUAGAGGAAUGUGAUCUGUGCAUUGUUAAAUUGGAAAGUUAAUUUUCUGGCAUUGGUGCAUCCUGAUGCUUCUCUAAAUGUUUUGGUCAAUAAAUUUGGAGAAGCUGAUUU